CUUCUCAUAUGCUCAAAUACUCGUUGCACAAAGAAAGUUUUCAUUUUUAUUCCAUUUUUCUCGGAAGCCAUGGAAGCUGCUAACGAGCCUGUUAAUGGCGGAUCCGUACAGAUCCGAACAGAGAACGAAAGACGAAAGCUUCCUAAUUUCUUACAAAGCGUCAACAUGAAAUACGUCAAGCUAGGUUAUCAUUAUCUCAUUACUCAUCUCUUCAAGCUCUGUUUGGUUCCAUUAAUGGCGGUUUUAGUCACCGAGAUCUCUCGAUUAACCACUGACGAUCUUUACCAGAUUUGGCUUCAUCUUCAAUACAAUCUCGUUGCUUUCAUCUUUCUCUCUGCUUUAGCCAUUUUUGGCUCCACCGUUUAUAUCAUGAGUCGUCCCAGAUCUGUUUAUCUUGUUGAUUACUCUUGUUAUCUUCCUCCAGAGAGUCUUCAGGUUAAGUAUCAGAAGUUUAUGGAUCAUUCUAAGUUAAUUGAAGAUUUCAAUGAGUCUUCUUUAGAGUUUCAGAGGAAGAUUCUUGAACGUUCUGGUUUAGGAGAAGAGACUUAUCUCCCUGAAGCUUUACAUUGUAUCCCUCCGCGUCCGACGAUGAUGGCGGCGCGUGAGGAAGCUGAGCAGGUAAUGUUCGGUGCUCUCGAUAAGCUUUUCGAGAACACCGAGAUUAACCCUAGGGAUAUUGGUGUGUUGGUUGUGAAUUGUAGCUUGUUUAAUCCUACACCUUCGUUAUCAGCUAUGAUUGUUAACAAGUAUAAGCUUAGAGGGAAUGUUAAGAGUUUUAAUCUUGGUGGAAUGGGGUGUAGUGCGGGUGUUAUCGCUAUCGAUUUAGCGAAAGAUAUGUUGCAAGUUCAUAGGAAUACUUAUGCUGUUGUGGUUAGUACUGAGAAUAUUACUCAGAAUUGGUAUUUUGGGAAUAAGAAGGCUAUGUUGAUCCCGAAUUGUUUGUUUCGGGUUGGUGGUUCGGCGAUUUUGUUGUCUAAUAAGGGGAAGGAUCGUAGACGGUCUAAGUAUAAGUUGGUUCAUACGGUUAGGACUCAUAAAGGAGCUGUUGAGAAGGCUUUCAAUUGUGUUUACCAAGAACAGGACGAUAAUGGGAAGACCGGGGUUUCGUUGUCGAAAGAUCUUAUGGCUAUAGCUGGGGAGGCUCUUAAGGCGAAUAUCACUACUUUGGGUCCUUUGGUUCUUCCUAUAAGCGAGCAGAUUCUGUUUUUCAUGACUUUGGUUACGAAGAAGCUGUUUAACGCUAAGCUGAAGCCGUAUAUCCCGGAUUUCAAGCUUGCGUUCGAUCAUUUCUGUAUCCAUGCUGGUGGUAGAGCUGUGAUUGAUGAGCUAGAGAAGAAUCUGCAGCUUUCUCAGACACAUGUCGAGGCAUCGAGAAUGACACUGCACAGAUUUGGAAACACUUCCUCGAGCUCGAUUUGGUAUGAACUGGCUUACAUAGAGGCUAAAGGUAGAAUGAAGAAAGGAAACCGGGUUUGGCAGAUUGCUUUUGGAAGUGGGUUUAAGUGUAACAGCGCGGUUUGGGUGGCUCUGCACAAUGUCAAGCCUUCGGUUAGUAGUCCGUGGGAACACUGUAUCGACCGAUAUCCGGUUAAGCUCGACUUCUGAUUUAAUCAAAAACCAUUUGUUUGGUGUCAAUUUGGUUAGUCCUAGUCUUACUAGACUCAGCCUUGUUUAUUGUUUUUAUGUUCCUUUUUUUCUGGUUAAGUUAUUGUACUCGUAAUGUGAUGCUUCUUGAUUAUUGCGCUUCUUGAUUAUUACGCUUCUUGAUUAUUACUCUCACGUUACAGUUGCGUAGAACUUUAUCCAUAUUAAAUGAUUCUUUGACAA